UCUCUCGAGAAAAUCUUCUCGCUAUCUCCGAGCUUCAUUAACCACUGCAACGAAACCCUAGCUGCUCCCUUCUCCUCUCUUCUCGCACCUCCGAAGCAGAGAAAAUCUCCGGCGAAGAUGGCAGGUGGUUUGGAUAUGUCACUCGAUGACCUCAUCAAAUCCAAUCGAAAACCUACCGGAUCUCGCGGCCGAGGAAACGGCGGUGCUAGCAGCGGCGGUCGCGGAUUCGGCGGUGGCUCCUCCGGUCCGUCUCGACGGUUUGCUAACCGCGUGGGAAACAGAACGGCGCCGUAUUCAAGGCCGAUUCAACAACAAGCUCAUGACGCGAUGUGGGCUAACGACGUCUUCGCCACUGAUGCGAGUGUGGCGGCUGCUUUUGGGCAUCAGUCUGCAGGUGUUGGCGUUGGUGGUUCUUCAAUCGAGACUGGAACGAAGCUCUACAUCUCCAACUUGGACUAUGGUGUCUCCAACGAGGAUAUCAAGGAGCUCUUCUCAGAGGUUGGUGACCUUAAGCGUUAUGGGAUUCACUAUGAUAGGAGUGGAAGAUCCAAGGGUACUGCUGAGGUUGUUUUUUCACGGCGUGGUGAUGCCUUGGCAGCUGUUAAGCGUUACAAUGAUGUUCAGCUGGAUGGAAAGCUGAUGAAGAUUGAGAUUGUUGGAACGAAUCUUUCAGCUCCAGCACCUCCUAUGCUUGCUCCUGUUCAAAUUCCUUUUCCUUCGAAUGGGAUACUUGGGAACUUUAAUGAGAACUACAAUGGCAACUUCAAUGGGAACUUCAAUGGAAACUUUAGAGGGAGAGGGAGAGGUGGGUUUAUGGGACGGCCUCGUGGUGGUUUUGGCGGAGGUAAUUUCCGUGGUGGUAGGGGAGCUAGAGGAGGAGGAGGUGGUGGUCGUGGCAGUGGAAGAGGAGGACGUGAUGAAAAGGUGUCUGCAGAGGAUCUUGAUGCUGAAUUGGACAAGUAUCACAAAGAGGCAAUGGAGGAAACAAGUUAAAUCCAUUGCAAGACUACUUGUAUUUCUUUAGUGCUUGAUAUACUUUAUGUAUGAGUAUGUUAUUUAGAUUGGUGUCAAUGGACUCACAUUAUCGGGUUUAGCUCUUUAUCUUUCUUCUCUUUGUGAGCUUUUUAGCUUUUGCAGUUGAGUUCAGAGUAAUCAGUAUUGUGUGUACCAAGGAACUCAAACCUUAUAAAGAUUCCAUCUACAUAUUUGAAAUGAA